AUGGCGGACUCGGGCAAGACCUUCAGCUCCGAGGAGGAGGAAGCCAACUAUUGGAAAGACCUGGCCAUGACCUACAAGCAGAGGGCAGAGAACACACAAGAGGAGCUCCGGGAAUUCCAGGAGGAAAGCCGGGAAUACGAGGCGGAACUGGAGACCCAGCUGCAGCAAACUGAGAGCAAAAACAGGGACCUGCUGAUGGAAAACAGCCACCUUCGCAUGGAGCUGGAGACCAUCAAGGAGAAGUUUAAAACCCAGCAUUCUGAAGGCUACCGGCAGAUCUCAGCCUUGGAGGAUGACCUCGCCCAGACAAAAGCCAUUAAGGAUAAACUGCAGAAGUACAUCAGAGAGCUGGAGCAAGCCAACGAUGACCUGGAAAGAGCCAAACGGGCCACGAUCAUGUCGCUGGAGGACUUUGAACAGCGUUUGAAUCAAGCCAUCGAAAGAAACGCCUUCCUGGAGAGUGAACUGGAUGAGAAGGAGAAUCUCCUGGAAUCUGUUCAGCGACUGAAGGAUGAAGCCAGAGAUUUGCGGCAGGAAUUGGCUGUGCAGCAAAAGCAGGAGAAACCCAGGACGCCCAUGCCCAGCUCGGUGGACGCUGAAAGGAUAGACACAGCGGUGCAGGCCACUGGGUCCGUGCCGUCCACCCCCGUAGCUCAUCGAGGACCCAGCUCUAGCUUAAACACUCCUGGGGCCUUAAGACGUGGUCUGGACGACUCCACUGGGGGGACCCCCCUCACGCCUGCAGCCCGGAUAUCAGCCCUCAACAUCGUGGGAGACCUGCUGCGGAAAGUGGGGGCCCUGGAGUCCAAACUUGCUUCCUGCCGGAACUUCGUGUAUGACCAGUCCCCAAGCCGAGCCAGUGGCCCAGCCUCAGGGCGGGGGAGCAAAAACAGAGACAGCGUGGACCGGCGGCCUGGCGGCAGCAGCGUGCCUCUAGGUGACAAAGGGUUGGGAAAACGCCUGGAGUUUGGGAAGCCGUCAUCGAAUGUUUCCUCACCGUCGCUGCCGUCAGCCCAGGGUGUAGUCAAGAUGUUGCUUUAG